AUGACCCAAGUAGACGGCAGAGAGCCCCCGGCGACCCUCGACCCACGGUCCCCAGGCCCAGCCCGUCCCCGCCUGAAGCAGCCCCCGCGGACCCCGCGUCUCCACCCGCCUCGCGCCGGCCGGGCCGGGCCGAGCAGCACUCACCGCGGAAGCUGCGCGGCUGCCUGGAGGCCUCCUCAAAGCCGGGGAGGCGCGGCGGCAGGAGAGGCGGCGGGCGCGGCCGUCCCGGCAGCGGCGUUCCGGAAGCGCCCAAGCCCGGCCGAACUGACGCCGACGCACGGUGACGUCAGCGCGCCCCGCCAGGGACCCGCGGCGACGGCCGCGUGGGAGCGGCGGGAAAGCGGAACCCAGCGCGCCCUGUGCUGCCGGGGGAGGCCGGGGAGACCCAGGCGGCCCACGGGGGAGGCCACGGCGCGCAUCGAGUCGGUGUGGCGGUUUUUAACCUCGCGGUUUGUGCACGCCUCGCAUUGCCUUCUGUCCCUGCUGACAUUCCCCCGCGGGGGACGUGGCCGGCCGCGAGUCCUCGCGGUUCAGUCUUGGGAAACCCUGCGGAAACGCCCUGGCGCCGCAGGUCGGCGCCUCCCCUCCCAGGCCCUGGCCGCGCUCCGCAGGUCGGCGCCUCCCCUCCUCCUCCUCCUCCCCUCCCAGGCCCUGGCCGCCCUCCGCAGGUCGGCGCCUCCCCUCCCAGGCCCUGGCCGCCCUCCGCAGGUCGGCGCCUCCCCUCCUCCUCCCCUCCCAGGCCCUGGCCGCGCUCUGCAGGUCGGCGCCUCCCCUGGUCGGAAAUGACUGCAUCUGAGGAUGGAGUCAUGGUGGUGGCAUUUUUUGCUUCAAUGAAGACAAUGGUAACCUACGUACUCUCCUACGUGGUAUCAACAUUCCGCAGCAGGAGGGACAAAUUUAAAACGAAGCGUUGGAAAGUAGGACGGCAUCAGAAGAUUAAUUUUGAAGACAUGGUGUAUUUUAUAAUCAGCCAGUGUAUCUUUUGUUUUUCAACUUUUGGUUUGGGGUUCUGGAGACCAACACAAUGACGAAAAGUGUCUUUAUUUCAAAUGCUCAUCCCUACCAAAGCGUACUGGAUUUGGGGCCAGGCUUCACUGCUAGGAUUUUCUGAAUGAAUAAAAUGGAAUAUAUACCUGACUGCGCAUGUACGCACACAUCGUAUGUGAACCACAGAGGCGCCUACUUAACAACAACAAAAAUCCACAUAGUUAAGUGAUAGGAAAUUCGUAAAUGAAAAAUAUUUAAAAGAAGAAAAUUUGUAAAUGAAAAUCGUGGACCUGUUUUCUGCCCCUUCGCUUGCAAUGUGGCAGAUAGGAUGCCAUGCGGUGAAUAUUGCAUUGCCCUGAACGACUUUUUCGAUCUAUAUUCUGUAAAGACACGUUUGCCAAUGCAAUCAGAUGCUUGCCUCUCUCUGGGGGAACUCCAGGGGGCAAACAUUUUUUUAAAACUUCUAAAUGAGCCACUUAAUUAGGCAGCCAGGGGAAUUCCGAGCCCCUGAACCCUUCCCAUUUCCUGUCCGUGUCAUUUCGCCUGCCAGUCAGUCCCAGAACAGGAGGUCUUCUGUUCCACUGUCAAUAGUCAAAAGAAAGUAUUUGUAGCAAUUUGUGACACAAAGAAAAAAAAUGCCAUGGUUCCUAAUGACUAAAAACUUCCAAAAAUGCACAUGAGUCUUGGUAGUACUUCCGUAUUUAGUUCCAGUCACUAUUUCUCAGAAAGUUACAGAACAUUCCUGAUGUAUGUGGGAAAAUACAUACAGCAAGAAUGUUCAUUCUGAAUUCAGGGUUAUUUCUCUUUUUCAGUU